GUGACAGGGACACGACGACCUGUUUUCGUCAUCGUGCGCGACGGAAGUACUCACAGCGUUUGACGUUUAUCGUUUUAGCUUCACAGGAAUUUUAUGUAAUAUUUAAGCGCACACUAUGAAUGUGACUGCACCAACAAACCUUCCAGUUGCAAUUUGUCAUCAAUGUCUUUCCGUGAAGAAGCGUCGCUUGCCUCCUGUUGUGUGCCGGAGCCUCGUCACCCAAACUCUUGCCGUAGAAGCUGGGAUAAAGCCGGCACUGUUGUAUGACUGCAAUGGUGCCAGCUCUGAACAAAUUCAAGACUAUUUACAGAGGCUGCAAGACGCAGGCCUGCUCAAUCAAGACUUGUAUGUUUUGGAUAUUGAUGACAGCAUUCUGAUAGUUAACUUGGAGUGUAUUGUUCGACAUCUGGAAAACAUUCUUCACCAUUCCCAGGUUGCUCUUGUUGAUGUUUCCUGUUCCUUGGCACAACCAGCAAUAGCCUCUUUGGAAGUUAUAAAAUCUGUUCAUGGACAACUUGCAGUUCUCUUGGAGUCAUUUAAACUAUUAAAGUCUAUUCAAACAAGAGAGCAGAAAUUGUUUUCUAUAGUAAACCUCCGGGAUACAUUAGGACUUGACUGGAAUCUCUGCUCUCUGUUUGGCUUUCUUCUUGGCUACCCAACAGUGUACUGGUUCAACCAAGAGAAGAGCUUUGAGAACAACCUAACAAUGGCACCACUGCGAGUCAUCAGCCUGUCUGUUUCAUGCCCAUUCAUUGCUGGAAAUGUAGACAUCCCAAUUUACUCAUUUAGCUUUCCAGAUGCCCUCUGGCCAGCAAUGAAAGAAAAGGUAGAAGCCUGGGUCCAGAGCAGACAAGACAUAAUUAGUCAAAGACCAAGUUUUACAAGUAUGAAUAUUUCAACUGAGACUGCCUGCCUUCCAGGAGUGACAUUGUAGCAAGGGGUGGUGAUCAGUGUAGAUUUUUAUUUCCCUUCAUCACCUGGCUGGACAAACUGUAAAUGCAGUCUGUAAACAAAAAAUAUUAUAGAUUUGAAAGCUCACUGUAGUUUUAAACUUGAAUGACUUUUUUGAUCAUUUAAACAUGGAAUGUAUAAUUUCAUUGUAAUGUGUCUCAAAGUCUUCAUUAAAUACAACGACGUUAAAACAA